CCUGCGCCCACACCCUCAUCAUAUGUCCCCACGGUUGCGGAUGUCCCGAAAUGCGCGCAAGGCUGUGUUACAGACCUGGGAGGUUGCGCUACAGGCGAUGUCAACUGCGUUUGCCGUAACACGCCGUACCUGAACAGACUAGCAGUUUGCGUUCCUCAAUACUGUAACGCGACGGAAGUUGCACAGGUCGUCGCCUUUGCGAACUUCGUGUGCAGGAGUGUAGGCGUCACGAGCUUACCAUCGCCUUCUUAUGCCUCGACU